AUGGAGGUGGCUCGUACCUCCAUGAUCCAUGCGGCUCCUCCCCAUUUUCUGUGGCCGUUUGUGAUCCGGUACGCUGCGCAUCAGCUCAACCUCUGGCCCCGUGUCUCCUUGCCGGAGACCUCGCCUACGCUGCGUUGGACGGGGAAGGUUGGCGAUGCGUCGAUUCUGGUGCUGCUGGGGGUGGUGCUGCUAGGGGUGCUGCGCAUGGGGGUGCUGAGCCUGCGGGUGCGGAGCCUGGGGGUGCUGAGCCUGCGAGUGCGGAAACCUGGGGGUGCUGAGCCUGAGGGUGCGGAGCCUGGGGGUGCUGAGACUGAGGGUGCAGAGCCCGGGGGUGCUGAGUCUGAGGGUGCGGAGUCUGGGGGUGCUCAGCCUAGGGGUACUGCGUCUGCCGGAGGAGUGGCGCUGCAGGAGCUGGAGGCCCUGCCGCUCGAGGCACUGGAUCUGGAGGUGCUAGAGCUACUAGUCUUGGAGGUGCUCGAGCUGCUGGUCCAGGAGGUGCUCGUACUGGAGGCGUUGGAGCUGGAGGCACUGGAGCUGGAGACCUUGGAGCUGGAGGCACUGGAGCUGGAGACCCUGGAGCUGGAGGCGUUGGCGCUGGAGGCGCUGGAGCUGGAGGCACUGGAGCUGGAGACCCUGGAGCUGGAGGCGCUGGCGCUGGAGGCGCUGGAGCUGGAGGAGCUGGAGCUGGAGGCACUGGAGCUGGAGGCGCUGGAGCUAGAGGCGCUGGCGCUGGAGGUGCUUGAGCUGGAGGAGCUUUAA